CGGGGAGUUGAAGGCGGGAUCAUUCCUGAUGUCGCUGAAAGAAGAAAAAAGAGAAAGUUUCCAAGAUGGCGGAGUAGCGCUGGAGACAAUAGAACAACUAUAGUUAGCUCCAGAGUUAGCCCGCUCUAACUCCGCUCUAACUCCGCUCUAACGGGACUAACCCGCUCUAAAGACCACACAUAACCCGACUCGGGCUCGGCCAGGCGGGGAGGAGGAAUAUAUCUACAAAGAUAAACAGAGAGAGGAUGAAGCUGUAUUUAAACGGUUCAGGCAGCUAGCCACCUAGCAGCUAACAGCUAACAGCUAACAGCUAACAGCUAACGGUAGCCCGUCUAACCCAUAGAGUUAGCAGCUAACAGUUAGCAGCUAGCCACCUAGCCUGCUAGUGGAGCUAACAUUAGCCCGUCUAACCCAUAGACAUAGAGUUAGCAGCUAGCAGUUAGCAGCUAACAGCUAACAGUUAGCAGCUAACUGCUAACUGUUAGCCCGUCUAACCCAUAGUAACAGAGUUAGCAGCUAGCAGCAGCAGGAUCAGCUGUUAGUCAGUCAGAAGCUGUAGAAGCUGUAGAAGGAGCGGACAGCAACACGUUCACAGUAAGUGAGUUUAAAUCAGCUCAUCUGGAGAGUCUUAACGUUUGUUUUCUCCUCAGUGUGAGAUGAAUAUAAUAUAAAUAAUAAUAAUGUUAUUAGCUGAUUAUCAGCUGAGCUGCAGAGUUAGUGAAGUACUUAUCCAGCUAACAUGCUAACUAGCUCUGUGCUAACCGAGCUAACACUUUAAUACUCGAGCUACAAUAAAAGUUUGAGCCGAGUUGUAGCUCCGCUGUGAUGCUCCACUGCGGAGAACACUGUCAGGAACAGAUACCUGGAGGGGAAGCCAGAGUCUAACGGGAGAUAGCUCCAGAAACAACCUCAUAUUAAUGAUCUAUUUGAAGGUUUUUAAGGAAUUUUCGACGCUCCAACUUUGAUUAGUGAGUGGAGGAAUGUUGCUGACUGAACCAGCUCAGAGGAGUUAGUCUGGUACACACACAGCUCUCUGCUUCAUCCUCCAGUCAGUUAACAUGGGAAUGAAAAAUAUGAAUUUACCAUAGAAAGUUUUUGCAAAAAGCUUUGGUUUGAGAUAAAUCAGAGAUAAAUCAGAGGUGUUUUGUGGUUAAACUCCACCAGACUCCAGCAGCUCUGCUGUCUUUAACACAGCAAGUUAAAGGAGCUGAUGUUUAUAAUGAAGUUUAUAGUGGUUAGAAUCAGGAGGCUGAAUGGUUUUGCACCCAGAAACCUCAGUGUUUGUCUCCGGCAGUGAGUCGCUGUGACUGAAGGCCAUUAGCAAGACAAAGGUCGCCUCCAUGGAGCCAGCAGAGGAGUCUUUGUAGAGGGCGAGGGGGGUGUAGAGACGCCCAGAGGGACAGAGACACAAAACACACUAAUUCAGCAUUUUAUGGACGAAACCUGAGCCGGGGAGUUUUUUUACUACGAGUCUUUUAUAUUGAUGAUGGCGGAUUUUGUUACACCGCGACACAGCGCGGUGAUGGAGAGGCUCCGCCGGAGGAUCGAGCUCUUCCGGCAGCAUCACAACAGCUGCGAGAGCCGCUACGAGAACGCGACGCUGGAGCGGCUGGAGCUGGAGAGACAGCAGACCUUCGCCCUGCACCAGCGCUGCCUGCAGGCCAAGGCCAAGCGGUCCAACAAGCACCGGCAGCCGCAGCCCAGCGGAGACCAGGCCGGCCAGAGAGCGCAGGGAGGCGGCGGAGGAGGUGGAGGAGGAGGCGGUGGAGGCAGCGCGGAGCUCGGGGAGAGCGGAGGCACGGCGGCGGAGCAGAGCAGGAACAGCACCCUGAUAGCGCUGCAGGAGACGGUGAAGAGGAAGUUGGAAAGCGCCAGUUCUCCGCUGGGCAGAGAUCAGGUCAACGGUUUCAGCGACAGCUUCCCCCCCAACAAGAAGGCCUGUCUGGACAACGGCACCUCCAAUGGGUCGCCCCUGGACUCCAAGCUGGGCAUCAGCGACUCUCUGAACUCUAACGGGAACCACGGGCCGGUCGGAGAGUCGACGGACGGCGGCAGCAGGGAGUCGGUCUCAGACUUCCAUCGGAAGGAGAUGAAGCAGGAGCCCGAUGACAUCCUGCCCAUCAUGCCGCCGUCAGGAGGCGGCAACAACAGCCUGUUCCCCGACCUCAACCUGAACGAGCAGGAGUGGACGGAGCUGAUGGAGGAGCUGAACUGCUCCGUGGCGUACGAGGACAUCCAGGACAUUCUCAAUGACGGCUUCGAGGACCGCAAAGACCUUCUGGACCUGGCGCCGACUCCAGGUGGUGCUGGGGCGGUGGGAGGAGGAGCAGGAGGAGGUGGGGGAGGCGGGGGAGGCCAGUCAUCCCAGGGUCAGCUUCCUCCAGAUCUGGUCAGCGUUAAGACGGAGUUCUCUCCGUCAUCAGUGGCGUUCGAACAGGACUCUCGCACCGGCUCCCCCCACGUCAGGUCCACCUCCUCCGGGCCUCCUCCUCACCCCACCAGCUCCCCCGUCGCCUCCUCCUCCGCUUCGUCCCCGGCUCUGCCCCCAUCCCAGCCAGCUCCUCCACCCAGGCAGCUUCCCUCCAACCACCACCUCCCUACGGGCCCCCCGGUUCCCAAAGACCUGUCCCCGGCCCAGCAGCUCCAGCAGCUGGCCGCCCAGCAGCAGAGAGCCCAGCACCUCCACGGCCAGAUGCAACACAAACCGCCACAGCCGGGGGCCAAGUUCCACAACCCCCCCCAUCCCCACCCCCACCCCCCACCAUGGCCCCAGAUGGCCAACACCUCUCAGAGCCCACUAGGGGGCGCGUUUGGUAUGGACAAGCCCACGAGCCCCUCCCUGUACCCACAAGACUUUAACCCCAACGCCCAGAAGCAGCUGCUGAUGCCCGGUCAGCCCAACAAAGGCCCCCCCAAGGCGGGGCCCGGCAGCUACAUGCCGGGGCCCGCCGGACACCCCAACAUGAUGGUUCACCCUACGUCGGGGCCGCCCCUCAGCCACCCGCCUGCGCCAGGGGCUCAGGUCUCGGCCGCCAUGCUGAACUACAACAACACCAAACCUCUGUCGCACUUUGAGGCGGGGCCCGGGCUACCGCGGCCCCCCAACACCCAGAGCCAGAACAAGGCGGCCCUGCUGACGCUGCUCCGACAACAGCAGCAGAUCAAACAGAAGAACAGCAUGAACUUCCGUCAGCACAUACCGCACGCACAGGACCAGAACUCCUACCCGGCUCCUCCGCACGGCCCGGGCCCCACCAACACCAUGGCGUCUGCGCCCGGAAACAACGCCAUGACGGCCCAGCCGGGGGCGAACGCCAUGGCGGGUAACCAUGGUAACGCAGCGUACCUGAGCAGCCAGGCGGCGGUGGCGGCGGCGCUGAAACAGCAGCAGCAACAACAGCAGCAGCAGCAGCAUCAACAGCAGAUCCUGGAGCAGCAGAAGCAGCAGUACAUGCAGAGAGCGCAGCUCAUGGCUGAACAGGAGAAGCAGCGGCAGCAGGACCAGCAGCUGCAGAGACACCUAACCCGACCUCCCCCACAGUACCAGGACCAGCCGGGGCAACCGGCCAAUCAGAACCCGUUCCCACAGCCGACAGUCAACCAGUUUACAGCUUCCUCUCAGUCGAUGGUCAGCAUCGGCCCCCCCCCCGGCUCCCAGCGCAUGUUCCCUCAGAACCAAGGUAUGAUGGGUAUGAGCAUGGGUCAGGGUGGUGGGCCGGCAGGCGGUGUAGCGCCGCCCUCGGCGGGGAGCCAGGGUGACCUCAGUCUGUCGUCCUGUGGGGGCGGAGGAGGUGGCGCCGGUGUGGACGUACAGCAGGUGCUCUACAACAACAUGAACCUUCACCCCAACCACCCGGGCCACCCGUCCCACCCGCCCCAGCAGGCCGGCCUGCAGCGCCAGCCGCUGGGCGCCAUGAGCGCCGCCUACAGGCAGAACCUUCUGGCUCAGCAGCAGCAGCACCUGAAGACGCAGCCCAACGCCGCCAUGUUGAAGCAGCAGCAGCUGGCCGCUGCUGCCGCUGCUGCCGCCGCCGCCCGCAUGCCGGGCUCCAUGCAGAACAGUAUGGGAGCCAACCUGCCCGGCUCCAUGCAGGGCGCCGCCUGGCAGCAGCAGCUGGCCAACCAGCCGCCCUCCAGUAACGCCGGCCUGCCUCCCAACGCCUUCAACAACCAACCCAACACCUUCCACAUGCAGCAGCAGUCUCGCAUUCCCAAGAUGCCGCCUGGCGCUGCGCCCUUUGGUGCGAACUCUGGCGGGCGUCCUAUGGGAGGUCUGAACCCCGCGCAGCAGAUGAUGCAGACAAACAUGGCGGCCGCCCAGCAGAGGGCGCCGCCCAACCCUCAGAGCCUCGGCCAGCCGAUGGCCAAUCAGCAGCAGACUCAACAACAACAGGCCAAUCAGAACCAGGCUGUCCUCCCCGACCUGGCGGCAUUCGGACAGCCGCAGGGCAACGGCCGCCAGGGACUGCAGUGUAACCAAGGAUACCAGGUGAGCAGGACUGCCAAUCAGCAGCAGCAGCAGGUGUCGUUUGGAUACAACGUGGCGUCGGGGAGCUUCGCCGGCGAGAGCGAGCUGGUGGACUCCCUGCUGAAGGGUCAGAGCACCCAGGAGUGGAUGGCCGACCUGGACGAACUGCUCGCCAGUCACCACUAGUCCGACGCACCUGUGCACCUGGAGCACCUGAACCCUGCUGAGCUGAGAGGCUGCACUGACGAGUCGCUGAGGACUUUCUGACAAGAUUUCUGUUUCCAGACCGACACUGUUGUGACGUGUUGAAAAAGAUGCAGACAGGAGGUCGGAGCGUUAGCGUUAGCCACCCAGCUAACGAUGAGACCAGCCAGCUGAUGGUGAUGUUUUCUUCACUCGCCUCCCUCUAUAAACAUCUGGCUGGCAGGUAAAGUCAUGAAGGUUGUUCCUUCAGACGCUGAUCAGUGGUCGAGCUGUUUGCCGUCCUGAUAUCACGGUUAUCACGGUAGAAUUAUAUCACAGAUAUAUGAGCCCGCUGCCGGAUCCAUUGCAAUGCAAUGAAGAAACAGUUUGGUAUUCCUGCUGGUUAGUUUAAUUCCCACAGCGUGCAGCAGUCAGUCAGCUGAGCGCUGGAGGUUAAAAAUCCAUCAACUGACUCACUGGGUAACAAAUAAAACCAGUUCAGUCGCAGCUGAAGCCCUGAUGUGUCGAAUGACACCAGGCUUCAUUCAAAGAUCUGACAAUUUAACGAUGAAUUGCUCUUUGCAGAUUUACACAUGUGGUAGAACAGAACUUUUAAAGCCUUUUCUAAUUCUCCAGGAUCUUCUGGUAAAUUCAGCAUCUAUAAGUGAUCCGCUGAACAGGAAGUUCAUCUAUAAAAUAAUCAGUUUUGACAAGUUCAGAGGGUUGGCUGUGAAUGGCGUUUACCCGCACGCAGUCACGAGUUUAACUAGUUUCAUCCCGGGAGAAAAAUCUCAGAAUUUCUGAGACUAAAGUCAUAAAUUCAAAAGUCAAAAAAGUUGUGAGGGUUGACCAGGUUUCUGUUUUCAUAAAUUUAACAGAAUAUCUGUUGUUUUAUGAGUUAAUAUCCACCACAUGUUUCAGUUCUGUUUCCACCUCGUGUGUGUAAAUCUGUAAACGAGCGACUCCUCUGAGCUGCAGACUGACGUUUGAUGUUUGCAGAUAAUAAUUAGUGUGUAAAUAUCUCCUGUUGCACACUGCAGUGUUUAUCGAUGACUGGAGACUGAACGGAGGAGUCGUAUUAAGACUACUGAAGCUAUGGCUCAGUGCUAAACCACUGUACCUGCCCCCCACAACCCCCCCACUCCCCCAGAGCGCCACCUGCAGACCGUCGCCGUCACUCGGUUUCAGAAACCUUGAAAGGUUUUAGUUUUUGGGAGGAUGAAGUGAAAUCACUCUUUAAGAAGCAGCUGAUUGUUGCACAGAGAAUUAACACACAUUAGCAUUAUGUGAUCCUUUUAAAGGACCAUACCGCUGUUUCUGCAUGUUUUACUACAAAUCACAAAUACUUUUCGGGGCUUGACAUUAAGCUUUUUCAGCCAGUUGUCGGGCAAGUAGAUGAGAUGCCCGAUAGCCAAACUUACCUGUCUGAAAUGGAAAAAGUAGACCUAUUAAAAAAUAAAGAAAAUCAACAGGGAUUUAAGCAAUUAUUAUAAGUUAGUAACGCACAAAACAUACAAUUUAAUAAAACUCCUCAAAACUGUAUCGGUCAGUCUUUGCACUGUUUUACAAGAUUACAUUUGAACACAUCAUGAUAGUGUUAUAAUUUACCUUCGCCUAAUGCUCAUUUUUACUAAGAGGAGCAUGAACGCACCAUAAUGUAAUCAUCCGUUAGCAUUAGCUGUUGGCUCCUUAUUUACAUUGGAGAAGUUUUCUUUCAGGGAUUUCUGACAGGUUUAGGAAACAACCUACUUGGUGAUGUUGUGGAAAAGAUCGUGGAUUGUCUCAUAAGUCUCAUAUUGUAAAAAGUGAGAUUUUCAGGUCUUGUACAUUAUUAAACAGGUUUAUGUUCUAUAUAAAUACUGUUAAACUAUCAAAACGCUCAAUAUACGGAGAAAUACACACAGCCCGUGUUCAGAAAUUGUGCGUUUGAAACGGGCCUUCAGGAUUUCUGUCCAUUUGUGAUGUCAC